UUACCACGGGGAAGUCGUAAUUCCUCCCACCGAACACACAAAGAAGCGCUUCUGUUUCUUUUUUUAAAUACCACCCAAGCCGGCUGAAGUUAUGAGGUAGACGGUCUUGACUGGUAAUUACGCUGCCAUUUCCUUGGUGAAAAUGGAGCGAGAGUUUGAGGACAUAGAGUCGGAGGGCCGGUGGCACAAAUUGUACAUGGAAAUCCGAAGUCAGUCUCAUGAAUGCUCCUACAAAGUUGCCAAGUAUCCAGAGAACCGCAGCCGCAACAGAUACCGAGACGUCAGCCCGUUUGACCACAGCCGGGUGAAGCUGAAGAACGCAGACAACGACUAUAUCAAUGCCAGCCUGGUGGUGAUGGAAGAAGCGCAGAGACGUUACAUAUUGACUCAGGGUCCCCUCAGGAACACGUGUGGCCACUUCUGGCUCAUGAUCUGGGAGCAAAAGAGCAAAGCCAUCAUCAUGCUCAACAGGGUCAUUGAGAAAGGCUCGGAAAAGUGUGCUCAGUACUGGCCCAUGUCCGAGGAGCGUGAGAUGGCGUUCAAGGACACACGCUUCCUGGUCACGCUGCUGUCAGAAGACGUCAAGUCUUACUACACCACAAGAGUGCUGGAGCUGCAGAACAUGAGCACGGGAGAGAAGCAGGAGAUCCACCAUUUUCACUACACAACGUGGCCCGACUUCGGCGUGCCCGAGUCGCCAGCGUCGUUCCUCAACUUCCUGCUGAAGGUGCGGGAGUCGGGGGCGCUGGGCGCCGACCACGGCCCCGCCGUGGUGCACUGCAGCGCCGGCAUCGGACGCUCGGGGACCUUCUCGCUGGUGGACACGUGUCUCAUGCUGAUGGACAAAAGGAAAGAGGCGUCGGCGUUGGACAUCCGUAGGAUCCUGCUGGACAUGCGGAAGUACCGCAUGGGUCUCAUCCAGACGCCAGACCAGCUGCGCUUCUCCUUCGUGGCUGUACUUGAGGGAGCCAAGUGCAUCAUGGGAGACGCGUCCGUGCAGAGUCAGUGGCGGGAGUUGUCCCGGGAAGACCAGGAGUCCACCGCCAACUCGCCGGAGAGAUGCAACGGCAGUCAGCGGGCGGGACCACCCGGCGAAGAAGAGUACACUAGACACGACGGCGAGAGGCCAAGCCAGUCGCCGGAGCAGGACAACAGCACCACACACAAACGACGCAGGGACGACAGUUUCUCCACAGCCCAAAGCCAAAGGACCAAUGACACCGACAGGAAGCGGAAAAGAGCAAAAACCGGGGACUCCUGACUCUGCCCCACCAACCCGAGGCUACGUUCGACGACGACAAAAAAACAUCAGCAGGGAAAACACCAACCUCUGUGUACUUCUUCGCCAGCACCUCCUGUUCCUCUUCCUCUCCAAACUGUUUACAGCAGACACUCAAAAAAACAACACACCAGCAUUUCUUAAAAUGGUUUCAUUAUUCACAGCUUUUGUCAUACACACAUUUAUACCGACUGAAAUAAGAGCUAUGCAUUGACAAGUUUUAAUUUCAAAUUAUUCAGUUAUGUAUUUUUUUGGGGGGGAGAAGACCUUUUUGAUGAAAAUGUUCUAUUUUUUUAUAAAAAAGUACUUGAAGCAGCAAAGUCAGUGGCAUGUACAUAGUUCUUUUUUUCCUUAUAAAAGUGCGUAUAAAAUGCAUUGUUACACAUUUGAACAGAGAAUUUCAUGGGGAAAAAAAAAAGAAAGGCAAUGAAUUCUUUCCUCCGUUAUCUUCUAAUAAAACUGGUAUCUAAUUUACAGAA